AUGGCACCGAAUGUCAUCACUUUACUAGGUCUUUCAUUCAUACUGAUGAAUUCCUUGACUGUACUGUAUUAUGAUCCAUAUUUAAAUGAAGCAUCUCCACGUUGGGUUUAUUUUUCAUAUGCAAUCGGUUUGUUCCUUUAUCAAACAUUUGAUGGUUGUGAUGGUGUUCACGCCCGUCGAACCGGUCAAUCGGGCCCUUUGGGAGAAUUAUUUGAUCAUAGUAUAGAUGCCGUUAAUACCUCAUUGUCAUUUUUCGUGUUCUGUUCAGCUGCAGCACUCGGUUAUUCUCCGAAAAUGAUCAUAUGUCAAUUUUUUCUGCUGUGUAACUUUUAUGUGAGUACCUGGGAAGAAUACCAUACUCACAAGUUAUUUUUAAGUGAGGUAUCUGGGCCAGUGGAAGGUAUACUUUGUAUCUGUUUAUCCUUUUUGAUUACGGGUUUCUUUAGUUCUCAAUUUUGGCAUAUCACUUUGAUGAAUUUACAAUUUGGGAAUAACAUGAUUGAUAUCGAAGUUUUAGAUUUAUUUUUACUAUCAUUAUGCAUUGGGAUUAUAUUUAAUAUCGCAGCUGCUCGUGAAAAUAUCAGAAAAUACUAUGAAAAUGAGAAAACUAAUACGCUGGUUGGCAACAAUACUGAACCAUUUACUGAAUAUGAUGCAUUGAAAGGAUUACUGCCGUUUUUCAUUUACUAUAUUAGUGUGUUCGUAUUGAUUAUGAUUGACACCGAAUUUGUAUCAUUCCCAUUAUUUAUUUCAAUCGGAUUUUCCGUUGCAUUCGUUGUUGGACGUAUCAUUGUAGCGCAUCUAACCAAACAGUAUUUCCCGUAUAUUAAUUUCCCUAUGUUUAUCCCAAGCGUCCAAUUGAUUUUAUAUCUUAUCACUGUCAGAAUGUUAGGUUAUGAUCCAUCAAAAAUUACCUUUGCUUUAACCUGGUUUGGGCUGGGUUCAUCUGUAGGAAUCCAUGCUAUGUUUAUGAAUGAAAUUAUCUAUGAAUUCACUACGUUUUUGGACGUUUGGGCAUUAUCCGUUAAACAUUCCAAGUAUACCUGA